AUGUCCAGUUUCAUAUAUCGCACAUUUGUGAGACACAACUCCACAGCAUGUGUGACCAAGUUUGUGCCCAUAGUGGAGAACUACAAGACUCUCAGACAUAUCCAUUUUCCUGGAAUCACCUCUUUUGAAAAGGGCCAGAAGAUCCAGGAAAUGAUGGUCAACGCCAACCUCGACUUCAAGAAGAUGGAAAGUAAGAUACGAAGGCAACAGCGCGAUGUUGCCGAGCAGGGAUAUAAAUUGAACGAUUAUGAGGAAGAAUUGUUGAUCAAGAUCUUGCAGAUGAAACCAUUGCCAACAUUGCUCACAUUUGAGUUCGAUAAUGUAUAUACUGGAGGUAAGAAAAUGAAGCAGGAUCCUCUUAUGGCACAGAAAAUUGCCCAGUAUGAAUCCACAGGUUGCAAAUACCACCAGUUGGAAAGAGGUGGUCAGGUGACAUGGCAUGGAAACGGCCAGUUGGUGGCAUACACCAUUUUGGAUUUAAAGCUGUUCAAGAACUUGACGGUCAGAUGUUUUGUUGAUUCAGUCUUGUUGAAAUCGGUGCAGAACUUGUUACAGAAGAACUACAGUUUGAAGAGCUAUAAAAAUGAAAACCCUGGAGUAUGGAUGUCGGAGAGCAACUACAAGAUCGCAUCGGUAGGUACCAAUAUCCAGAGAGCAAUUACAUCUUAUGGAAUUGGCUUGAAUGUAGAUCCUGACUUAAAGUACUUGAAUCUGUUUGAGAUGUGUGGAUUACCCCAAACAACUGCUACAUCGAUCAAGAAAUUGAGACCAGAUGUUGAAGUAAGUAUUAAGGAAGUUGGUGAACAGUAUGCUAAGGAGUUGGCCAAGCUUUUGAACAUCACCACUGUAGAACAUAUGAGCGGCGAGGAUCUUGAAAUAGAAUAG